UCUACAGGUUGAGUUGAAAAGACAGUUACAGAGAAUGUUGUCGUGAAGAAUGAGCAUCUGGCCAAUCUAAGAUGUACAUGGUGGAUUUGGAAUCCUAGGAGCCCAGCAGGACUUCACAUUCCAAGGCCUGGAACAUUCCAGCAAAAUGUGUAGCAAGGAUUCAAAGGGUAAAAGCAAUUCCCCUCUCAAAGGCCAUGGACCUGAGUAUUCAGAAAACAGUUCAGCCAGCCAGCAGAAGUACAAGCUGAAAACAGAGAGGCGGGGAACAGAGUCAGAUGGCUGUGUAAGUGAAGACGAGAGCAUAUCCCAGAGGCUGUCUGUCCUGCCCAGAGGUAUGUCACUCAUCAGUGAAGAGGAGCUGAUACAAUUGGCACAGAUCAAGCCAUCACAAACAAGAAGUGACCUACAGUAUGAUAUCAAAAUUUUAAUUGAGAAGCUUCAAAGGCAGAUUGAACAGCAAGAGAUACUAAAGGAGUUUGUGAGUUUAGAACACAUGAAGCCAAUUGAUGACUGCUGGAUUGGUAAAGCACCAGAAAAUCGGGAAAAGAACCGAUAUCGAGAUAUCCUGCCAUAUGAUGAGACACGAGUUCCCCUUGGAGAGAUGAAGGGGUACAUCAAUGCCAGUUACAUUCGCAUGCCACUGGGCAAAAAGCAGUAUUUUUAUAUCUCCACCCAGGGACCUCUGGCUUGUACCAUGAAUGACUUCUGGCAAAUGAUUUGGGAAAAUCACUCCAAUGUCAUUGCCAUGAUUACAAGAGAAAUGGAGUGUGGAAUAUCAAAAUGCCAUAGAUACUGGCCUGAGCCUCCCCAUGAUUCUGUGGAUUUGAUUCAGUUCCAGCUGCGACUGCAUAACUACCAAAUCCUGGAUUGUUUUAUCAUUAGAAUGAUAGAAAUGAUGGACAAACAGACUCAGGAGAGGCGUAUUGUACAGCAUCUUCAGUUUACAUCCUGGCCAGACCAUGGUACCCCCAGAUCAUCAGAACAUCUUGUCAAAUUUGUUCGGUACAUGAGAAAAAUUCACCAGACUGGCCCUAUCGUUGCACAUUGCAGUGCUGGAAUUGGAAGAAGCGGGGUGCUGCUUUGUGUGGAUAUUUUAUUGAACCAUAUAGAAGAAGAUAUGUCUUUUGACAUCAAACAGAUAGUAAAAGAUUUGAGACAUCAACGCUUUGGAAUGAUUCAAACCAAGGAACAGUAUAUGUUUUGCUAUGAAAUAGCUCUUGAAGUCCUAAAGAAUAUUCAGAACAUGGAUUCCCAUCUAAUGCAGUAAGGAAACUGAAAUUCUUCUGUCACCAUUUAUCUUGGACUCUACUUGCAACUUAUUCCAUCAAGAUGCCCAAGGGGCAUGGGGAGGUACUGUAAAUGCAGUUGCACUGUAUUUCAGUCUUUGAAAAACAUGGAUUUCUGCCUAGGCAAAAGAGGCUCAUGGGUGUAGAGACAUGGCUGGAAACUAUCUAUAAAACACACAUGCUUGUAACUGAAA